CGGGGCGGCGCUCGGCGGACUCCCGGGCCGAGCGGGCCGCAGCCGCGCGCUAGAUCUCGCUGCCCGGGGCUGCCAUGGGACGGAAGCCAUGAACAGUGGUGCCCCGGGCCCCGCUGCCCCGGCCCCCUCGGCCCCCCCAGACUGGCGGCAGUUCUGCGAGUUGCAGGCGCAGGCAGCGGCCGUGGACUUCGCGCACAAGUUCUGCCGCUUCGUGCGCGAGCACCCGGCCUACGACACCCCGGACGCGGGCGCCUCCUUCUCGCGCCACUUUGCCGCCAACUUCUUAGCGGCCUUCGGGGCCGAGGUGCGCCGGGUGCUGGUGACACGGGGCCCCGACAGCACCCUGGAGCCCGCGCCCAAGGCGGUGGCAGCGGCGGCGGCUUUGCAUGGCCACUCGCGCAGCUCCGAGGACGUGUCGUCGUCAUCGGGCCCAGCCGUGCCCAAGACCCGGGUGCGCAAAGGCUUCUCGCUCCGCAACAUGAGCCUGUGUGUGGUGGACGGUGUGCGCGACAUGUGGCACCGGCGCGCAUCGCCCGAGCCCGACGCUGCCACGCCGCGGGCCACAGAGCCCCAGGCCGAGCCCCGCGACAAGUGGACCCGGCGGCUGCGGCUGUCGCGAACACUGGCGGCCAAGGUGGAGCUGCUGGACAUCCAACGUGAGGGCGCGCUGCGCUUCAUGGUGGCCGACGACGCGGCCACCGGAGCCGGGGGUGCUGCCCAGUGGCAGAAGUGUCGCCUUCUCCUGCGCCGUGCCGUGGCAGGGGAGCGUUUCCGCCUGGAGUUCUUUGUGCCCCCCAAGGCCUCCAAACCCAAGGUCAGCAUCCCGCUCUCGGCCAUCAGCGAGGUCCGCACCACCAUGCCCCUGGAGAUGCCAGAGAAAGACAACACUUUUGUGCUCAAGGUGGAGAACGGAGCCGAAUACAUCCUGGAGACUAUCGACUCGCUGCAGAAGCACUCGUGGGUGGCUGACAUCCAGGGCUGCGUGGACCCCGGGGACAGUGAGGAUGACGCUGAGCUGUCCUGCACCCGUGGGGGCUGCCUGGCUAGCCGCGUGACCUCCUGUAGCUGUGAGCUUCUGACAGAUGCAGCAGACCUGCCCCGACCUCCUGAGACUACAUCGACCGUGGUGACCGCCCCGUACGGUCGCACUCGAGAGUCAGUGGUGGAGGGCCUGACCCAUGUCCCUCUGGAGACCUUUCUGGAGACUUUGGAGUGUCCCAGCGGCUGUGGCAGCAGCGGAGACAGCAAUAUCACAGGGGAUGAGGGAGCAGAGCUGGAACCAGGGACAGAGACUCAGCUGGAACUAUCCGACUACCCCUGGUUCCACGGCACCUUGUCCCGGGUCAGGGCAGCCCAGCUGGUGCUGGCUGGUGGCCCUCGGAGUCACGGCCUCUUCGUCAUCCGGCAGAGUGAGACACGGCCUGGGGAGUAUGUGCUGACCUUCAAUUUCCAGGGCAAGGCCAAGCACCUGCGCCUGUCGCUGAACAGCCGUGGGCAGUGCCACGUGCAGCACCUAUGGUUCCAGUCGGUCCUGGACAUGCUGCGCCACUUCCACACGCACCCCAUCCCGCUGGAGUCGGGGGGCGCCGCCGACAUCACCCUUCGCAGCUACGUGCCGGCCCAGGACCCCAUGCCUGAUCCAGGACCCGCACCCGUGCCCGCGCCGCCCACCUGCUGGAACGAGCCUGCCGGCCAACACUACUUCUCCAGCCUCGCCACCUGCCCACCCGCCUCACCCUCAGACGCUGGUGGCGCCUCGUCAUCGUCAGCCUCCUCUUCUUCUGCGUCGGUGCCCGGGGCCCCGCGAGCCCCCGACGGCGCCCUGGGCGCACGCAGUCGCAGCAACAGCGCCGAGCGGCUGCUGGAGGGGUCUGGGGGCGCCGACGAACCCCCCGAGGCUGUGCCAGGCCGCGCCCGCGCUGUGGAGAACCAGUACUCGUUCUACUAGCCUAGCGGGGACCCACACUCUUCAGUGAAGACAGAACCGUGAUUAAAAAGCCUGUUUUAGGGACUGA